UCCGCCGUUGUACAUAUUUCCUCUUUACAGCGCAUUCCAGCGAAAACAUUUCCGGCUUUGCUCUUUGGAAACGCCAUGGCGAUACCGGCCAUCAUCAUCACGCCCCCGUCACCAGCCCACCACGAAUGUAUAUGGGACUACUUCGAGACUUUCGGAGAUCUCCGCAAUUUACGCCGAUUCUGCAGAGAUAUCUGCCCCUGCGAUGUGAUGGCUGUUAUGGGAUUUCGCCGGCCAUGUUCUCGGUGGCAUUGUGGGAAGCACCAUAUCUGUAGGAAAUGGGCACCGGUAUUGCCCUCUAGUUGUGGAGGUGGCGUGAUUCACCGCGACCCUGAAGGCUACGGUCUGGUUAUUCACAUACCUCGGAAAUCCGAUCGAAGAUUCCACAACGGCUGUCUGAUGCUAGUUGACUUCAUCAAAAGUCUUCUUCGCAGCCGUCGUUCCUCGUCACGCCAAUCCAUCGUCGCUAAGCUGCAAUAUUCCACAGCCUGAAGCCUUCAACUGGAUCAUUUACCUAACGUAUGCCAGUUGCCCCAAUGAGCAAAUAAUAAAUUUGAGUGGAAAGGAUUGGAGAACAAUCAGGGAAAUGUCUUUGUUAUUGGUAAUCGGGAAAAUCGCAAUCGUUGAAUCUGAUCCAACACAAACACGACGAUUGUGAUUUGCACAGGAACCCUAAAAAAAUACAUGAUACGUGAUGUCGCGCAACUGAUAAGGGAAUGGUUGUAGUCUAGUCAAAAAUUAGUAAAAACCAAUGCAUUUGACCAGAAAAAUACAAAGACAAUUUGCUGAUCACUUGAACACUGGGAAAGAAUGCGACAAUAAUCUUUGGGCUAUACAUCAACAUCCCCCUCUGUAUUUCGAAUGUUAGAUCCUGUAGAAAGAUGACAAAGGCUGGUUUCGCGUCGAUGAUGAUUUCUUGUGCUGUUUGUAC